GCUAAUGUCUCGGAUAACGUUGAUACAACCCCUCACCUCAACGGGAAACAUGACAUCAGUGCUGAUAAGCAUCAGGCAGAAUGUAAACAAAGCAGCCAUUUUCGUUUUCACGCGAACACAGAGGAAAGAUGUUUAGUUCAGGGAAUUCAUGGUUUAUUAUAUUCAGUGUUUCGUAGGAUUUCAUACAUACAUUACUCUCUGACAUGAUGAGAAACUCGAGCAUGAAGAAGAUCACGCGUGUGGCCAUUUUACUUAUGGCCAUGUGGACCACCAGUCUCACGUUCUUCGUGCUCAGGGACACGACUGGUUAUCUAACAUCAAUGCGUGAUGGCGGGAAGAGACGUAAUAUUACGACAGCAGCCGUCUUAGUGAAGGACGACGAUGGUUCAAUAAAGGAACAAGUAAACGUCAUAAAUAGAAACCGUUUUGAAGCGAAAACGGAAACAAACAUUUCAAGUACAGUUAGCAAACAUAACAACGUGAAAGUGAAUGUAAUGCACAUGGAAAUCCGCAAGAGUAACGGAAGUAUUUAUAGAAGACCAGAACGCACUAAUCAGCAGAGUAACGUUUUCAACGGAAACCAAGAUCCUGUUAAAAUAAUAUUAAUGCGCAAUGAAGCUGCAGAAAGGCGAUACUAUACAAUGCGCAAAACAAAGGUAAACCCAAUAGAGCAUGAAUAUUUGAUAACGUCCGGACAACUUUGCGAUUCUGGGUCACCAUAUGUAUUAAUGGUAGUGCCUUCUGUGCCGAAACACUUUCAACCGAGACAAGUUAUAAGAACAACCAUGGGAAGAUUUGCAAAACCUACUAACAAAUUAAAACUAGCGAACGUUUCAUUCAAGCUUGUGUUUGUGGUUGGGAGAGAUGGGAAUACUCAAACCGACAGACUCAUCAAGAAUGAAAGCAGGGCAUACGGUGACGUCGUGCAGGCGGAUUUCAUUGAUUCCUAUUAUAACCUGACCAGGAAAAUGUUAGUGACUUUAAAAUGGGUUUCAAUAUUUUGUGCGGAGAUAGAGUACAUGUUGAAAGCGGACGAGGACGUUUUUGUUAACAUUCCAUUACUAAUGAAGUAUUUGAAAAGCUUCCCGCAAAAAAUUAAAGGUUCAAUUCACGGACAUGUGAACAACAGGCCAUCUGUUAAACGACUUGGGAAGUGGGCUGUAAAACGGAGUGAAUUUCCGUUACCCCAGUAUCCUAGAUACGCUUCCGGUAAUUCUUACGUAAUUUCCGGUAACCUCAUUCCGAGGAUGUUUAUGGUGUCGGAAUAUCUACCAUACAUGCCCAUAGAAGAUGCUUUUUUGACUGGUAUUCUUGCAAAAAUGGUGGAAACUAACUUAAUAAACCACGCAGGUUUUACCUAUUUCUACGACCAGCAGCCAAUACCAUGUGAAUUCGCCUCAUCAAGAAGGAUAUCUGUGACGAAGGUCACGUCAUUACUCAUGAGCAGACUAUGGAAAACGUGUAACUGGUUUGAAUUUUAUUGUGGAAAUAAUUCCACAAAUAAGUUUUAGCUUUUUUAUGAUGUAUCUUAGAUUUCAGGUUUUAUGUAUUAUUGUUUUAUUCGAAUGCAUUCCGUGCUGUGCAAUUGUGCGUAUGUAAAACAUUUCCUCUCCUAUUCACAUCUUGUAGAAUCACCACAGGUUGUUAGAUAAACUGUUUCUUAACAGAGCUUUAGUCUUGAGCACCGAGGAAACAUUUAAGUUAUAUAUUACUAUUAAAUGAAUGAGUUUAAAUUCCUAAUCCACAGUUGCAUUACAAAUAGCUCAAACUUAUAUCAUUUCGCACAUCUCUGUAGAAAUUAAUACUGUCAUCAAAUGAAAGUGAGUAAUACGUAUACUGUUGUUGUGUGGAAGUCGGUGUGAAUCUCAGCUUUUGUUUUUCAAAAUCCUCAUUAUUGUAGGGAUUUUCUUUACGUCACCUCCAAGGGUCUGAUUUUCCAGAUAUUACGUGUAUUUAAACAUUGUUAUACUUUUAACUCAGCAUGUCACAUGACUUGCACCUGUGGGUACUUAUAUUGAUUGACAACGUGCAUUUAAUUAUAAAUGUCUAAGAAGCUCUUUAAACGAUCGAUAUAUGGUUAAAUAGUUAGCUACAGAGUGUGUCUUAAUUAUCAAAUAUUGAAAAACCAUUAUACAUCUUUUCAAAUAACUGGCCACGUUCUUACAUAUUGCUUUAAGAAUAUCCAGUUACAAGGUCAAAGUUCCACUGCACAGGAAAUGUUAUUCAAUAUCGUAUUUAGCUGUUUCUGCGACAAGGCGUACACUCUGUUAUAAUAGUUGACAUUACAUUAUGGAUUUGUUAAAAUACCGCCAUUAUUAUUCUGACAGUAAAGAUGGCAGGACAAUGUGCUUCAUUGACGAGAGACGUAUGUUUUAUUAACCCAUAACAACAUAACAAUACAUGAUUUCGAAUUGUUAACAAACGAGGUCCCUCGAUGCAAACAUCGCUUACCUUAUAUUUUCUAAACGUCGGGGGACAAAAUUGUAAUGUCAUGUCUAUCAAUGCCGUUUUGCUGGUCCCAGUUUGUUUGCAUUUUUUCGUGUUGGUCAAUGACAAUGGAGGAUUUUUCAAAUUUUCUGCUCAUUAAUUGUACGUUUAUCGAUUCUGACAAAUGCAUCAAAACUACUUACAUUUGUUUUAACCUUAAGAGACUCUUAAGAUAAUUCAGUUAAAGACAGAAGUUCUAUAUUGAGGAAGAUGAGCUGUAUAAGCUUUUAGCUUCCGACCAAAUUCUUGAAUAUUUAGAAUGUAAUAUAUGUUGUCACUUGUAAUUAUGUUUAUGAAAUAAAUAUG